AAGGGGGAGGGUGGCUGCUCCUGGAAUAAGUGGGCUGUCGGUAGAGCCCGUAACUCGCAGACAGACAGAAGGAAGGAGAGAGAAAGGAAGGGAAGGGGUAGUCUUUCGCUCUCCUCUCACGCAAAUAGACAGGAGGAAGAUGGCCGGCCAGCUGCAAUCUUCACCGCUGACACCAGUCACAUCUCCUGAGCCUCCCUCCCCAUCUCUCCAAUGACAGCCGACAUUUGUCUCUUCUAGAGGCGGGGAAGAAGGGGGAGGGGGACAACAAAAAAAAGGGACGAGAGGGAAAAAGAGAAAGAGGCUGUGGUAGAAACAACAACAUCAACAACAACAAAAAAAUCCAGACGGGCAGAAACCGGCGCCGUCACAUUCCGGUUGGAGGAGGUGGAGGAGGAGGAGGAAGAAGAGGAGGAGGGAGGAGGCGAGCGGCUCCCUCCCUCCCUCACUCACCAUGGCAGAGAUGGAGAAGGAGGGAAGACCGCCUGAAAAUAAGAGGAGCAGGAAACCGGCUCACCCCGUCAAGAGGGAAAUAAACGAAGAGAUGAAGAAUUUUGCAGAGAACACCAUGAAUGAACUCCUUGGCUGGUAUGGCUAUGAUAAAGUGGAAUUAAAAGAAGGGGAAGACAUUGAGAUUAAGAACUACCCUGUGGAUGUUGAGGGCCGCCAACAUGUUUCUGUACUGAAAGAAAAUUCCUUGCCAAAACUGAAACUCUCUGAAGAUAGUGUUAUUACGUCGCCAUCGAACUCCAAUUCAAGUUUUCCAGCCAUGACUGCCGGAAACGGGUUGGCAGAUACGCCGGCUGGUUCUAAGGACCAUGGCGGUACUCCCAUCAUCGUCCCAUUGAUCCCACCGCCAAUACUCAAGCCGCCAACAGAUGACGAGAUGAUAAAUGUGCAGAUAGUCUGUGCCUGGUGCCAGAAGCUGGGAAUUAAGCGUUAUUCCCUGAGCAUGGGGAGUGAGGUUAAAAGUUUCUGCAGUGAGAAGUGCUUUGCAGCUUGCAGGCGGGCUUAUUUCAAACGUAAUAAGAGUAUGCCACUUACUGCGGAAGGUUGUCCGUUUGAGAGUAGUGCUGGGUCCCAUCAUUUUCAACAGGAUAGAAUAAAAGACACAACAGUAUGUGACUGGUGCAAGCACAUCCGACAUACAAAAGAAUACCUAGACUUUGGAGAUGGAGAGCGACGGCUACAAUUCUGCAGUGCAAAAUGCCUCAAUCAGUACAAAAUGGACAUUUUUUACAAAGAAACACAGGCCAAUCUUCCUGCUGGCUUGUGCAAUACAAUGCACCCUCCAGUGGAAAAAAAGUCUGAUAACACAGGCGUGCAACUACUAACUCCAGAGUCUUGGAACAUGCCACUGACUGAUACUCGGAGAAAGCCUCCAUCUCCCGUGCAACCUUCCUCACAAGCUCAAGUCCCUAUUGUUUCUACUGCCCUCUCCCCAUCUGAUACUGCCAGUAGCUCUGCUGCCAAAAUCCAAACUCCAGUCUCUAAGCCAAUAGCCGCAAAUGAAAACCCAAAUGUUCCACCAAUUCAGCUUCAGCAGCCAGCCAGCAUUGUGCCUCCAGUGGGUGGCCCCCAAGGUAAUCCCUCCAUGGUAAUGACAAAUCGAGGACCCGUCCCUUUGCCAGUAUUAAUGGAGCAGCAGAUGAUGCAUCAGAUCUGUCCGCCAUUUAUCCGAGGACCGCAUACUCCAAGCCCUAAUAGUCCUCUGUCAAACCACAUGAUAUCAGGACUUGGCCCCUCAACAGGUGGCUCCAGGACCAUGGGUCCUAAUUCAAGCCCCAUGCAUAGGCCAAUGCUCUCACCACAUCUCCAUCACCCACCAGCGCCGUCUGUGCCAGGAAAUCAUCAAGGGUUACUUCCCCCAGCAGCACCCCUACCUAAUGUUUCAUUCCCACAUGUUAAUCUGAUGCCAAAUGGCCACAUGCAUGUCCCACACCUUUUAAACUUUGGAGUGCCAUCACUUGCUCCCUUAGUUCCUCCUCCAACACUCUUGGUGCCCUAUCCUGUUAUUGUUCCACUGCCUGUGCCCAUUCCAAUUCCCAUUCCAAUCCCUCAUAUGUUUGACUCCAAGAAUACCAAUGGUAUUUCCAGUAGUGCUGAGAGUUUAAUUCCAAGCACAACUAGCAAUGAAGAUGACACUAAAGAUCCAAGUAGUUCUUUGGCAUGGAAUAAUGGGCAGCAGGGAGCUUCAAAGCCUAUUAAAGCCUCCACUAACUGCUUGACCCAUUCUUUGAACCAGUCAGCCAUGCUUCUUGACACCAGCAGGAGUGAGAUUGUCGAUCUAACUGUCAAGCCUAAUGGUCCAAUUAAAAGUGAUUUUUCUUUCUCUGAUGCAGUAGACUUUCCACACGAUGAGGUUAUAGACUUGACCAUGAGCCACAGAAGCAGACUUAAUCACAUUGGUCACAGACCUCUACAUGCUUCUGUGAAAGUUGAAAAUGAAGGCAGGAGUGUUGUAGAUUUAACUCUUUCCAGUCCGGAUAAAAGGAACUGUAUCGACUGUAGGGAUUUUCCUCAUUUGAACCCUAUUGAAACGAAGGUGUUAACUUGUAGUGGUCCUUCGCACUGCAGCACGAUCCAGCUAAAUUCAGGAAGCUCGGGAGGUGACUCGGAUCUAGCACCUUGCAAUCUGGUUAUGAAUGGCACAAAGAACGUGGAUGGUUCCCACUUCUCAGAAAAUCCUUCAGAUAAGCAGCAGCAGCAGCAACAACAGUCACAACCACCACAGCAACAGCAGCAGCCGCAGCAGCCGCUGGAGGAGAUCGCUGUCAACGAGCUGGAGUCUGUCAAAGAAAACAACUGCACAUCAAACUGUCAGCUGGAGUUAGAGGCAGGGAUCUCGGUUGACAGUCCGCUGAGCAGCCUGGAGAGAUGGAGCAGCACGACCAACUUCCCCGCCACCAAAACGCCGGCCACCGGCACCUCUCCCGAUCGGCACGCUUCCAGCCAGAUGAUAUCCCACCGGAAGCGGCACUAUUUCCAGUGUUCGGAGUUGAAAGAGACUACGUGGAAUAAUGCCGUGCAGGAACAAAACGAGUCCAGCCUUUCCUCCUCUCACUAGCCCGUCCGUGGAAACAUCGUCCAGACAUCAGAAUAAGUGUGUGGCAUUUCCUCCCCUCCUUUUCCCCCACUGGGUUGGGGAUGAUGGUCUCUUUCGUGACUCUACCCUAAAGUGACCAGAUUUAGGGGCUCGCUUAUUUUUGUUUCUCCCUCCUGUACAUUCACGGAUACAGGACCAAUUAAGAACACUCACUCCCCACUUCUUUCUGAGCCUGUCCCCGCCCGCAACGAUGGAGUGGAUCUAAGCCAAGUUCAGCUGCUAGUCUCCAGCCAACAGCCUGGUCCGCAGCCCCGCUCACGCCCGGGAAGUAAGGUCUUUUGCCGAGUGAAGCAAUGCGGUUGACUGACGGUCGUCUCAGUGAGGUAGAAAUGGGGCAGUUAACGUUGGGUCCACUUCCUUCCAAGCUGCUGCUGCCUCCGUCUUUUUUGGAAAAGCCACGUUUUCCAGUGUUACGUGCUUUUAACCAACCACGAUCUUUAUUUGGAACCGAUGUGAGAAGCAGCGCGAAUCGUGCGUUCUGUACUGUGGCUCGUUAUGUUUGCCAAGGGAAUCUGAACAGCCGUUCAGAAUCCGACCGUUGUGUUCGGAGUGUCUCCACCCCUCCCCUCGCAACACAUCUUCAGGGAGCACAAAGGAGAGGGAGAUCCAAAGGCCAGGCUAUCCCAAAAGAAGGGAAUUAUUGGAGGGGAAUAAUUUGUUAGGCGAAUUGAUGAACGAUGGUACAUUUCAAACCCUGGUGGUUUUUUUUUUAAUUCAGUGCUAGAGGAAGUCAGCGAGAUGGACUUUGCUACCAUCAAGAACAGGUGGCACGGAUUGAAAGUAAUCGAUGCAAAAACUGCACGAAGAUUGAGAAGGAGGUUCUCGUGUUUUGUUUUGUUUUUAAUUAUUUCACCUGUCUGAGUUUCUAAAGAGAAAUGUGCAAUUUAAUCCGCGGAUGCUGGGUGGAGAAACAGGGUAGGAUAUUCUUGUCUGCACUGUGACAGUCCAAGCCGAGAAUACACAGUGCACUCUAUACAGCCUGCUGGCACUGCCCUUGAAGAAUACUGGCUGUGUAUAUUUUGGGAGUCUCAUUUUGCAUGGUGGUUUUACGUUGUGCAAUCAGCAGUUUGUUUCGAUGUUUUGUGUAUUUUUUUAAAGUCCGAUAAAUAUGUUACCAUAUCAAAUUGUUUUUCCUUUAAUUGCGGCCAUUGGUAGUUUCCUUCGCCUUUUCCUCCCUGGGUAUUCACCUGGGUGAUAACA